AUGUGUCAUCCUGGUCCUACAGCGGUUGAUUUGGGUCUCAGUGUGCUUCAUAUAGCAGCUCUACAUGGACACCUGGACUGUAUGGAGCUGCUGCUGGAGGAUGGUGGUUCUGCGGAUGUGAAUAGCAGUUGUCCUCAUGGACGCAGACCUGUACAUAUGGUGCUGACUGCUCAGAGCCGACCCAACACACACGCCUGCCUCAUUUACCUGCUGGAACAUGGAGCCCAGAUCAAUGUCUACACAGAUGAAGGACUCACUCCACUGCAUCUGGCCGCUGCUGAAGGUCUGACAGACAGUACAGAGACGCUAGUGAGAAACGGGGCAGACAUACAUGCUCAAGACAAGAGGGGUCACACACCCCUCGACCUCUCUAGGAUCUGGGGCCACAGGCUCACUGCCAGGUUUCUGAAAGAUGCCAUGUGGUGGAAAGACAAACAGAAGAGGAUCAUGAAAAGCAAACAGCUACAUGAUCUCAGGCAGCUCCAGUGUUGCAGUGUGCUGGAUCUGCCUCACUUGGGUCGCUCCCUAAAACCAGAUGCCUCGCCCUGGACUGAGGUGGCCAUGCACCUGGCUGAGGAGCUGAAGCCAGGACACUAUUAGACACAUUACACAAUUAGAAAAAAAGGUCACUGGGGUGGUAUCUUUAACA